AUGAGUUGUGAUGAACAAGUACGUCACAUUUCUCAAAAAUACGCAAUGGCUGUAGCAAUAGCUGUUAUAAAUACAAAACCUGCAGAUAAAACAUUAGAACAGCAUAUAGAAGAUAUAAAAACUAAUAUAAACAAUGAAGAAAUGAUAAUGGAAGAUUUAGAUAUCACAAUAUGCAGCGAUGACUUCAAUUUUAAUGAUAAUAAUGAAAAUGAUAUCAUUAAUGAGGCUAACGAUGAAAAUAAUGAUGAUCGUGGAUUUAAUGAUUGUGAAGUGCAAGAUAGUAUUACUGUAUAUAAAAUUAUUGAUGAUUGCGUAGAGAACAAUGAUGAAAAUAAUGACACGUUAAAUAAUCAAUCCUCUGAGGUUCUAGGUGUAUUAGAAGAUGUAAAUGAUAGGGCUCAUAAAGUGGUAAAUCAUAGUAAAUACGAUUAUUACAAUGGAAUUUUAACACAACCGACGACUUGCAAUAGUUCUCAAGACAAUUCGGAAUUUGUCGAUAUCGAUGAAACAUUUUGUAAAAGUGCAGCGUGCACUCAAGAUCGGUAUGAAAUGUACAAAAAUCAGUCGGAACAUAAUAACGAAACAUCAAAAGUACAAAAACAUAAAGAAACAGUGAAAACAAAUGAUCAUAACAGACUCGACUGCCAGGCUACAGAAAUUUACACCGUAUGUGGUUUCACAAACAAACCAGAUGCAAUCUAUUUAAAUUUAAAAGAUAAUUCUAGAGUUGACGAAUGUAAUAACAAUUUGACCAUUGAUUCGCAAUUAACAGAAAUAUACAGCGUGCAUGGUUUUACAGAAAAUAGGAAUAGCAAUAUAAGAAAUAUUGAACUCGUUACUUCUGAUACUAGAACGAACAUUGAUAAAGAUCCUAAUUUUGAUAAUCAGAGUACUGCAGUUUAUAAUGUUUGUGGUUUCACAGAAAACUACAGUCAUAUUGGUCCAAGUCAAGAUUGGAUUGUUAUACCAGAUAAAUAUGUUAAAGGCAACAAAAUACCAAUAAAUAUUAACGGUAAUGAAAUUAAUUGUAACAAAGAUGAUGUAUUAGCCAAUGAUUUAGACAAACAAAAUGUUGAAUUGAAAUCUCAAGACAGUGUAGUAAUAAAAAAUGUUAUUAUUGACAAUGCAAUAGCAAAUAAAACAGAUACUUCUAUUUUAAAUGAAGUUUCUCACGUAAUUAAUGUAAAUACAAUGAAAAUAUUCGAUGAGAACUCUCAAAGUAUGUUAGUUACACAAAAUUUAGUUAACGAUAAUAAAACAAAUACAAAUGGUGAAAUAUCCUUAGAACCAUCUAUGAAUAUGGUUAAAGACGAUCAUAUUAUGCUAGAAGAAUUGACAGAAUCACAAGCAGAAUUGAUCCCUUUUAAAGUUAUAGAAGAAUUGAAUAGAAUAAAGAUGUAUUUGAAUAAAGGAGUCGAAAGAGGAAUAAGCAAUGAUGGUUCAGUCGACUCUGCGUACAAGAGUGAUUCCCAAAGUCGAAGCUGUAGGAGUGGUGAGCUUGAAAGCGAUACUUAUUUAUUUUAUUGGCUGUACACUAAUUUUAGAUCUGAUUGGUGUGUAAAGAUGGGUGAAUAUCCGGUUACCACUUUCCAUCAGGCGGACCGUCAGCUUGUUUGUCAUUCUAAGUUGCGUAAAAAAUUAAUACAUACAUACUUUAUACAUACAUAUCUGUCACGCCUGUCUCCCAUUAGGGUAGGCAGAAACAAUGGAACGCCAAAUGCUUCGAUUCAAACAAACCUCUUUCGCUCCUUCCACAUUCAUCAAUCUUUUCAUACACGCUCGCCGGUUACGGGUACUUUUGAUUUGGCCCUUCUUCAGCACGUCGCCUAUUUGGUCGACAUACGUCCGUCAAAAUUAAUAUUUGUUUAUUUUCCAGCCCUACAGUUAUCGGGCAAUUGGACGAAUCAAUCAGCUUACUGCUUGUAUGAAUAUAUAACGCGGUGCCCCCUAGUGGAGAGCACUAAACAAAUCACCGAAGAAAUAUCACGGGUUUUGGGUCAGCUAAUAGAUAAACUUCAUACAGAAGAGGCAUAUCCACAAUUCUUAGAAGAAUUAUUAGAAUAUAUCAACGAGUUACUGAAAGGAUUAUACUUUGACGAGAACGGGCUGUUGAAAAAAGACGAAAACAUUCACCGUCUCUUUCUCUUUAACAAAUCCGUACACAUAUUAAGGUACACCAUGGAAAAAAUUACAAACAUAUUAGAAAAAAUACAUUCAAGUUUCACGCAAGAGGAACCGCGUGAACUAACUAACAUCGUCGAAACAGAAAACGUGCCGUAUAUUUUUCACACACUAGAAAUAAUACUGAAACGAUAUUUAAAAUCGAAAGACACGUCCGAAGAUAACUCACAGAAAUCCCAAGAUAUAUCGCUCAGAAGGAGCGACAUAACCGAUAUAUGGAGACGAAAGUGGAAUCCCGGUUACAAAGACCGGAAACUCGUGGGUAGUCAAGAGAAGACGUGUCCAGUGAGCAGAUGUGGCGAGGUAUUGAAUAAGAUUGUCGUGGAUUGCAUGAACGGGUAUAGUUUGGUUGCUUACUCUGCGUUGCAGUGUUUUAAUUUGUUGCAAUUAUAAAAAAAAAAAAAAAAAAAACUAGCAACCCGUCCAGAUUUCACACUAAAGAUAGGUAAUAUCCGGUAACUAGGGGGAAAAGGGAUUGUUAGUAAUGGGGUCUAAAUGCCCCAUUGCAGUACACCCUAUCAGGUUGACCUCCUCGCGGUUCCCCCUGGAAACCAUCGUGUUCUAUUUAAAGUGAAUUCAUCACGAUGGGCUAACUGACCUACCGUUUCAUCCUCACCUAUUAUCCCUCACUGGUGCCCCGCCAACGUAUACAGAUAGCGCAGGCGGGGUUACCAAUCCAUUAUCAUACAUUUAGGAAAAUAUCCGAUACUAGGAGGAGACUUCGUGCAAAAGUCGUUUGCUUGCGUACCUCUGUCCCAUUCGUGUUACAACCGUGAAGCAGUUGUGUUCGCAUGGCUGUGUUUCGGUUUGAAGGGUGGGAUAUGGCGUGAAUUUACAGGGUAUAGAGGAAUAACACCUGAGUCCUCAGGAAUGGCAACGCUUGGGGGUAUCAUGGGCGAAACAGUAUACUCUGUUAUGUCCAUGGUACUGCUCAUGUGU